AUGCAAACACCACAAUAUCAAAUUGUGAGUAUAGAUAGAGAUUAUUCAAAAGGACUUACACCAAGAUUCUUUACAACAAGACCACAACAAUUAGCUGGAUUAAUUGAAAAUAAUGAAUUUGAAAUAAUUAUAAAUCAAAUAAAUCAAUAUUUUAUUGAAGCAGAAACUAUUACAUGGAAAACAAUUAUUGAAGAAAGUUUUUCAUGUAUAAGUUGUGGAUUAACAAAUUGUUGUUUUAAAAAUCAAUAUCAUAGAAAAAUGAUUGAAUUACAAAAAUAUUUAAUUCAAUUAAAUCGAAAAUUUCCAUCAUUACAAUUUAUUCAUCCAAUUAAUAAUGGAUUUUUAUGUUUUGAAAUUAGUAUUUUUUCUUUACAAUAA